CUAGCACAGAAAGUACAGAAAGGGGCUGAACCAUCAGAGACCAAAGACACGAAAUUUUGUCCUUUUUUCCUGGUUUUGUUUCAGGUUUUUGCAGCACUUUUUGUAGGAGCAAGACGGAAGAACCAUGGCACAAGGAUUUGGAGAAAGGAUGAAGAUGCUAAGGCUUGCUGAAGACGUUCUUGAAGCGAUGAAGAAAAGUGUAGAGGAGAAUUGUGACAAGAGCGACAAAGACAAGGACCUUAAGGAGUUUGACAGCCUGUUGAAGGAGUCUUCAGGUGAGAAGCACUUCUCGGAGUCUGCCGGAUACGUCUUACACCACGCUGCUUACCACAACCUGCCGGCCUGGGGCGAGAGACUUCUUAAACAUGGCGCCAAGGUCAACUAUCAAGAGCCAGAGAAGGAGGACACUCCCCUGCACAGAGCAGUGGAGAAUGGGAACCUGGAGAUGGUGGAUCUGCUCAUCAAGUAUGGGGCAGACAUCAACAUGCAGAACAAGGAAGGUACAGCUCCCAUCCAUGUAGCAGUAUCCAGACAUGGCCUGUCCGGCUGUCUACAGAGUCUGAUAUCCUCCGGUGCUGACCUACAGCUGAUCGAGACCAGCUCGGAGCUCAGUCCACUGGGGAAGGCCCUGGAUGAGUGGGUUGUCCAGCCACACCCCACCAACAACCUUCAGCAGAUCCGGCUGCUGCUGGAGUCCGGCUGUGAUGUCACCAAGGUGGAGAAGGAACCCGGCGACGCCACAGCCUUCUCCUUCAUCCUUACAGAGAUGUCACGUGGGCAACUGGAGGUCGAUGCCGCGUACAAACUCGUGGAGCUCCUGCUGGAACACGGGAUGGACCCGGACGCGACAGAUGCAGAGUUCUUCACGCUCCUGUACUACUCGACACUCGACAAUAGACAUAACAUUCCUCCUGGCAGCUUGGGAGGCUGA